GUGUGACGUGUGUUGGAUAACUCGUGUGUUCUGGUAGAGUUUGAUUCUCUCAACAGAUUUUUAAAUAAAGUACAUAAUAAUCUCAGUGAUCCAAUAAUCCGAUCUUUAUGCGAGUGUCUAGCUCCCGCCUUGGCCUUCUGCCCACUAUCUCUUGCCUUGAUGAACUACAGAAAUGUCGCUUCCGGCAACUCACUUCCACACCUUCGCCAUCCCACCAAAACUCCCGUCACAUCAAUCUUCUUCCUCAUUCUUCUUCCCUGUUCCAAUCUCUAAAACACUAGUUCCACGGUCAUCCAGAGGCCCCAAAUUAUUUGUCCGUUGUUCGGCUGACACGCAGACCCUACCCAAAUCUGCCAUCCAACGAAUUGCCGAGAAGCUCCGCAGCCUCGGUUACACCGAGGAUAGCCAUUCUUCUAAACCAGAAGGUGAUUCCGCUCUGAACAGCUCGGCAGGAGAAAUAUUUGUUCCUUUGCCGCAACAGCUGCCUAAGUACCGAAUUGGGCACACAAUUGACUCCAGUUGGAGUACACCCGAGAGCCCAAUUCCUCAACCAGGAACAGGAACUGCGAUAGUGAGGUAUAAUGAACUCACAAGCGAGGUGGAGAAGCGGAAGAAAUUCGAGAAGGAGCUGGGGAAGAAUAAGAAAGAGGAAAAGGUGCCCACAUUGGCGGAGUUGAGUCUAUCGCGUGUGGAAUUGAGAAGGCUGACGACUCUGGGGAUUCGUAUGAAGCAGAAGUUGAAGAUAGGGAAGGCUGGGAUCACGGAAGGGAUUGUGAAUGGGAUUCAUGAGCGUUGGAGACGGUCGGAAGUUGUGAAGAUUUUUUGCGAGGAUAUUUCUAGAUUGAACAUGAAAAGGACUCAUGAGUUAUUGGAGAGGAAAACUGGAGGUCUGGUUGUUUGGAGAUCUGGAAGUAAGAUAAUAUUGUACAGAGGGACUGAUUAUAAGUAUCCUUACUUCCUUGCUCAUAAGUUGUCAGGAGAUGACACCCUUGAUGAUGAUUUACAGCAUUCAGACAGGGGCAAAGCAGAGAACCAAUCAUCUGGUAUAAAGUCAGAGACAUAUGCUGAGAAAAUACUAGACUUUAAAACAGAAAAGCCAGGUUUAAUACAAGGUGUUGGUAGUUCCAACAAAGUACGAUUUCAACUGCCAGGUGAGGCAGAGCUUGCAGAAGAAGCUGACCGCUUGUUAAUGGGGCUCGGUCCACGAUUUACUGAUUGGUGGGGAUAUGACCCUCUACCUAUUGAUGCUGAUCUUUUACCUGCUAUUGUUCCUGGAUAUAGGAAGCCUUUCCGCCUUCUUCCAUAUGGUGUGAAUCCUAAACUAACAAAUGAUGAAAUGACCACGUUAAGGAGACUUGGGAAACCAUUGCCCUGCCAUUUUGCAUUAGGUAGAAACAGAAACCUUCAAGGAUUGGCUGUUGCAGUUGUUAAGCUCUGGGAAAGAUGUGAAAUUGCUAAGAUUGCUAUAAAGAGAGGGGUGCAGAAUACUAAUAGUGAGAUUAUGGCUGAAGAAUUGAAGCUUUUGACUGGAGCAACUCUUCUUGCUAGAGAUAAGGAGUUCAUUGUUUUGUAUAGAGGAAAGGAUUUCUUGCCAUCUGCAGUGUCUUCAGCAAUUGAAGAGCGGAGGAAUAGUGCAAUUUACAAGGAAAAACUGAAGUUGGAAACGAGUUCGUCAGUGAUAACCACUCCAGAACUGAAACAUGGAAUUGUAGACGGUCUUGAAGGCAAUGAUAUUCCCAUCCAGAAAGAGACAUCUAUCUCUGGAGAAAGAAGGUUGAUUGAGGCAGCUAUUAAAAGGACCAGCAUGAAGUUGUCAAAGGCAUUCGAGAAUAAAGAAAAGGCAGAAAAACUUCUAGAAGAACUGGAGAAGGCUGAGAAACCCCAGGAAUUAGAAGUAGAUAAAGAGGGUAUAACUGAAGAAGAGAGGUACAUGCUACGGAAGAUUGGCUUGAAGAUGAAGCCUUUCCUGCUAAUGGGUAGACGAGGGGUUUUUGAUGGAACUGUUGAAAAUAUGCACCUUCACUGGAAGUACAGGGAACUUGUGAAGAUAAUUUGUAAAGAAAGAAGUCUGGAAGAUGUCCACCAAACAGCUCGGACCUUGGAAACAGAAAGUGGUGGUAUAUUAGUGGCAGUAGAAAGAGUGAGCAAAGGUUAUGCAAUCAUUGUGUAUCGUGGAAAGAAUUAUAGUAGGCCGGCACGUUUGAGGCCACAGACACUUCUAAACAAAAGAGAAGCAAUGAAGAGAUCUAUAGAGAGUCAGCGCCGGGAGUCAUUGAAGCUGCAUGUUUUAAAGUUAAAUAAGAACAUAGACGAAUUGAAACUUCAACUGGUUAAAGAUAAGGAGGCUAAAAGUAUGCAAAUAACUGAUGCAUCAAGAUUUGAGUUGGUCAAAGAGGAGAAAAAGAGUUUGCAAUCCAUUGGACAUUCAAGAUCAACAACUGCGCUCAAAUUUAAGCCUUCUUCUACAGUACCUGCUUUCCAAGAAAAACAGACAGGGUGGGAUGAGAUGGAUGGAUCUGGCGUUGAUACCAGGCAUUGUGUUUCUAGCAACGAAGCAGUUGAAUCAUCAAUCAAAUUAUCCAAAAGCGGUCCAGAAUCAUCAGCUCCAACUAUAGAUGAAAAGAGUUCAAAUAAGUUGCCUUCUAGACCUUUGAAUCUGUCCAAUAAAGAGAGGCUUCUUCUGCGAAAGCAGGCCUUGAAAAUGAAGAAACGGCCUGUCCUUGCCGUAGGAAAAAGCAAUGUUGUGACUGGGAUCGCAAAAGCAAUCAAGGCUCACUUCCAAAAGCACCCUCUUGCCAUAGUCAAUGUCAAAGGCAGGGCAAAAGGGACGUCAGUUCAAGAGGUGGUUUUCAAGCUAGAGCAAGCAACAGGGGCAGUUCUAGUGUCUCAAGAACCCAGCAAAGUGAUACUUUACAGGGGAUGGGGCGCCGGAGAGAAAUAUGAUACGCAUGCUAACAGCUCGGGUAAGGAUAAAGAGGAGGCGGCAAAGCCCAUUGUGUCACCUCAACUCCUGGAAGCCAUUAGAAUUGAAUGUGGAUUACAGUGAACAAUCCAGAGCUCAGGCUUUCUCCCGACUUUUUCUGCUGCGAAUACUUGUCCACAAGCACUGUCUGGGAGGCGGUUUUGCGCUGGAAUUUGUCAGAGAAUUGUGAAAUCAUGAACGAAUGAAAAUUGGUAUUUGUUGAGGCCUUUAGAAUUUUUGAGAGGCUGUGAGAAAUAGGAAAUAUAUUAAAUGCAAUAUAUAAUCUAACUUAAGUACUUCUGGUAAUCAGUAGUAUAGUACUCAGAGGAACGCGGAAGAAGCUGCAAGCAGAAAGACGUGAGAAACAAAAGAUCAUAAUAUGAUAAGGUUGAGGGUUAUUUUUGCUUCUAAACUGGUCAUGAAAACUUACAAAUGAUUCUACAUUUAAUUAUGAGUCAAUUAUAUUUCUCAA